AUGGCCGCUUCGCGACCUCUUGUGAGUGUGUACGAUGAAAAAGGGCAAUCAACCGGAAGAUCAGUCGUUUUACCAGCUGUUUUUCGAGCUCCAAUUCGUACUGAUAUUGUUAGCUUUGUUCAUGAUCAAAUGAGACGUAAUAAACGACAAGCACACGCUGUCAGUAGUAACGCUGGUGAACAAACGUCAGCUGAAUCUUGGGGUACUGGCCGUGCUGUAGCUCGUAUUCCACGUGUGCGUGGUGGUGGUACACACCGAUCAGGUCAAGGUGCUUUCGGUAAUAUGUGCCGUGGUGGUCGAAUGUAUGCACCAUUAAAAGUAUGGCGUAAAUGGCAUAGAAAAAUUAAUUUAAAACAACGACGUUAUGCACUUGUUAGUGCUAUCGCUGCAUCUGGUGUUCCAUCGCUUGUUUUAGCUAGAGGUCAUAGCAUUGAAACUGUACCAGAAAUUCCUCUAGUUGUAUCGGAUAAAUUUCAAGAUUUAAAGAAAACUAAAGAAGCUGUAGCCGUUCUACGUAAAGUUGGUGCAUGGUCUGAUAUUCUCAAAGUUUAUGCAUCGAAACAUACACGCGCUGGAAAAGGAAAAAUGCGUAAUCGACGAACAGUAAUGAAACGUGGUCCAGUUAUUAUUUAUGAUAAGGAUAAUGGUGUCAAAAAAGCUUUUCGUAACAUCCCAGGAGUAUCCUUGUUAAGUGUUGAACGAUUGAAUUUGCUUCGUUUGGCACCAGGUGGUCAUCUUGGUCGAUUUCUCAUUUGGACUGAAUCAGCCUUUAAAAAACUCGAUGCACUUUAUGGUACAUGGAGUAAAAAAUCUCAACUUAAAGUUGAUUUCAAUCUUCCACAACCAAUGAUGACCAAUAGUGAUUUAGGACGUUUACUUAAAGCAUUUGAAAUUCAGAGUGUACUUCGCGCACCAAUAAAAUGUCAAGCACGUCGUAAAGUGAAGAAGAAUCCAUUGAAGAAUAUUGGUUUAAUGUCACGACUCAAUCCAUAUGCAGGUGUACAAAAACGUCAAACACUUUUAACACAACUGAAAGGACGACGUACAGGCAAAACAAUUGAAUCAAAAGUUGCCGCACGUAAAGCACGUACUCAUGCAUCAGUAAAAGCUAAACGUUUAUCGGGCGUUAACUUGGCCAAAACAACUAAAAAACAACAAGUUGUAGCAACAAAAAAAGCCACAACAACGAAAUCUUCGUAG